AUGGCAGCACUUAAAGGAGAUGAUAACGGCACUAAAGACAACGCGAAUGCACCUUGGAUGCUUCCAGACUGGGAAGAAUACAGUGAAUCAGCUAAAAGCAGCAUUGGUGUGAAUUGGAGCGAUGUCGAGGCUGAUGUGAGUCUGGACACGGCUAGCAGUGUGACUAGCACUGAGCACCAGCGUGUAUAUCGCAUGCAACGCGUUAGAGGUGGCUAUUCGGGCACAAAACAACAAAGCUUAAAAGACAUGCACUUGGUGUAUAUGCAACGCAGACAAGAGGAGACUUCUCGAGGACUUUCGAGUGUCCACAGCAGCACCAAUUGGUUUCAACCCGUAUCUUGUGUGUCACCCCGAAUUCUGAAGGAAAAACAACAGUCGCCAAUGGUAAAGCAGAUGGAUAAUAUAGCGGAGAGGAAAUUGCUAGUGCAACAGAAAGAGAUAAGUGCAGAGCUUCAAGCGGUGAGAAAGCAGCUGGGUGAUUUUCAGAGUAUUUGGCAGAAGACUAUCAAAGCAGAUGUUGUCGUGUCAGCAAAAGAGGAAGAAAGCUCACAAGGAUCGACGGUGCAAAGCUCUUGCUCUUCUCAAGUUCCUUUUCGACAAAAAAGAAAGGAAGCAGCAGUUCAGACGGAGGAAGACGAUGCAGUGAUACAAUGGCUCUUGCUGCUUACGCAAGAAGUGGAGAGGAUGGGAAGAAGCUACUCUCAUAAAUCAACUGAUAAUUUACUAUCGGAAGUGUCAUUUCAAGCUGAAAGCUACAAUUGUAACUAUGGCGACGAUAAUGCAAAUGUGACGCUUGUCGCGAAUGACAAAAAUACGACUGUGGAGUCAUGGCAUAUUGGACAUGCACUCAAAAAUGUCGUUCCAUCAGAAGUAGCGAAACAUUUCUUAGCUUUAGAAAUUGCUAUUGCAAGUUUAAAUGAAGCUGUGGAGCAGCAAAGACGUCGACACUGUAUCAACUAUGAUCGUGCGAUACAACAAGUACAAGGGUAUCAUCAAGAGCGAUUGCAGCGUGUGAUUGACGAGUCACUUGCAGAACUAAAACUUGUUCGAGGGAGAUACAAGAAGAAGGAAACUUGCUUAGAGGAAGAGCUGCGCACUGCGAAAAAUGAAAUUGAACAAUUGAAACAAAGUUCAGCAGAAUCCAAACACAGAGAGAAAUUAGAUCGAGAAUCGUUAGAGUUUCAGCUUGCAUUGGCAAAGGAGCAGCACAGUCAUAAUUGCCGACGUUACGAAAAUGAAUUAGAGCAAUUAAGAACACAACUAGACGUCGUGCAAGCCGAGCGAAAACAAAUGGCAAGUCAACAUAGAGAUACUCGUGAAGUCAUUGUGCAGGCAAAAGAGGGGGCAGCUGCACUAGAGCGGCAGUGUCAAGCUUUAAAAACUCAGCAAGAGCAGGCGAAGGAGCUACAUGAGCGAAAGGUCCGCGAGCUUCAAGACACGAUUCAACAGCUACGUGAAAGCAAGAAGGUUUUGGAGACUCAAUUUGCCAACGAUAAAGACGCUUUGAUCAAAAGUAUGGAACAUUUUAAAAGAUCAAAGCAAAAAGAAGUGGACGACCUCGAAGUGCGCUUUCGAACUGAGUUCGAACAAAAGAUAAUACAUGACAAUCUUCCCGAGAAAGUGGAAAGUCUUAAGAAAGAACAUGAAGAAGUAUUGAACACAAUAGCAACAGAGCACAAACGUCAACUUGAGCAAUUAGAGGUGAAAUUACAGAAGACGCGAAUUGUUGAUUCUUCUAGCGUGCGUAACAUCGAGACACAAACCGAUGUGCCUUUCAUCGAAGCGAAAACGUCUCGAGUGAACGACGAGACUCAUGCAGAAAUCGAAAAACUUCGAAGACGUUGUCAAGCUUUGGAAAAGCUACUGGACAGAAAAUUCCAAGAGACGUUGUUGCCAAUAUCAAGUCGCAAGUGUGAAUCUUGUCAUUCAGAUGACGAUAUUUCAACCAAAAGUUUUCGUCAAGAUGAUGUCAAUGGCAAUCGUACUAGCAUUCAAAGUUUCAACAGUAUUUACUCCGUUGCAAGUGGAAAAAAUCGAGCACUCGCUCGAGCUCUUCUCGAUUCUUCACGUAACACUCAACUAUCUGGUAGCAAAUGUCUCGGUUCAUCACAUAAUUCACUCAACAGUCAAUUAUCUGAUAACAAAGAAUCAGUUUCAAUUAUGAACGAAACAACAUUGGCCACUGAUGAAGCAACAUUGGGUUCACAUGAAAUGUGGGAUUCCGCCUCGUUCACGUCUAUUGAUACAACAGAUGACGUCUCUUCUUUUGCUUUAAAGUAUGUGACACCUCGUCAACGGACGCAAGAAAUGCUAUCACUUGUCCGUCAAAUGAAACAAUCAGUUGCUUCAUCACAUGAAAGUCUUGAGCCUGAUCCAGAGACAAGUUGGGUAACACCCAAGCAGAACUUUUCGAUGAUAAGACACUUCAAUGUGAAAACUGGUAAUUUGAAUUCUUUACCUAAUAUUGCCGGGGGAAGGUCCGACACACUAGGCACAUCAACCUUCGAUGAUCUGUUAGAAUAA